CCCCGCCGAGCGGCUGCGGCAACACCAACGUGACAUCGCGAAGGCGCAGCGCGAGCUCGACAGGGAGAGGGCGAAGCUCGAGCAGCAGGAGAAGAAGCUCAUCAUGGACAUCACGAAGAGUGCGAAGGCGGGGUAGAUGAAUACGUGCAAGGUCAUGGCGAAGGAUACCGUACGGACGCAGCGAUACGUCCAGAAGUUCUAUCAGAUGCGGACACAGCUGCAGGCCGUCGGGCUCCGGAUACAGACACUCAGGAGCAACCAGCAGAUGGCGGACGCGAUGCGCGGCGCGACUCGUGCAAUGGGCAUGAUGAAUCACGGCGUGAAUCUCCCGCAAAUACAACGGAUCAUGAACGAGGUUGAGCGAGAGAGCACGACGAUGGUCAUGAAGGAAGAGAUGAUGUCCGACGCGGUCGACGACGAGCUCGAGGACGAGGACGCAGAGAGCAACACGAUCCUCAAGCAGGUGCUCGACGAGAUCGGUGUCGACCUCUUGCAGCAGCAUGGGGCCCUCAAGUCGAACGUGAGGUAG